GCGAACGGCAUGUCCCUCUCGCCGCUGCCGCGCAAACUUUCAGAACGCGCGUUUGCUCGUCACAAAAUAAAGUAGCAUUUUUAAAGUCACGUACGGGUCGAACGCGAUGAUAGUACAUUACGAUACAAGUGCGGAAAAAAGGAAGAAACGAGUGGCGAUAAAUUAAAAACACGACUAAAGAUGCUUGUCACGUCUCUGCAUUAUGUGCUAAAUGUUAAUGAGUGCUGUUUUGUACUGGGAACUUUAGCAGACGGUUGUUUAGCGUAGCGAGAGAGUGCGAAGUGGACAUUUGCGAAAACGUGGAAGAUGAAAUGACGCGAGUAGGCGACCGCGUCACACCCGAAGUCCUCACAAAUAAACAAUGUGGAUAGCGAACACGUGACCAUGUGCAAAGGCAUGAACGGGGUAACAUGGGAGACCGAGUCUCUCAUGGGCAUCCCCAAGCCUUCGCCCUGGAGCAACUUCUGUCCUCGCGCGGCGCUGUCACAUGUGGGGCUGCUGGUGGCACUUAUGCUGUACACAGCGGGAGGGGGACUGGUGUUCCAAGCCCUAGAGCACCCAGCAGAGGUGGCCAAGUUGGAGACGCACAGGAUAUGGGUGGAGCAGGCGCGGGACGAACUGAUUCAGUUCGUGACAGACCCGGGACGGAAUUGGACGGAUAUAAGUCUGCAGCUAGCAGUUUAUGAAAGAGUUCUAGAAAGUGCAGCCUCAAACGGUUUGAAGAUAGACAAGGAGAAGAAUUUCCCGCCCGCGGAGGAAAAGUGGAGUAUUCUGCAGGCUGUCUUCUUUUCCUCCACCGUGCUCACUACUAUAGGGUACGGCAACAUAGUUCCUGUAACAUUUUGGGGAAGAUUAUUCUGCAUAUUUUAUGCACUCAUUGGAAUACCCCUAACUCUAACGGUUAUCGCAGACCUGGGCAGAGUAUUUGCGACGGUUGUUUCUGUUAUUGCCAAGCAGCUACCUGCCAUGCCAAGAUGCUGCAACAAAGUAUCCGAAGCAAAUUCGACGAGCCAAAGAUCUCUGUACGCGUUCUGGGCCGUGGGGUUCCUCUUCGUAUACCUGUCCGCGGGGGCCGGCCUGUUCAAGAUGUGGGAGGAUGACUGGACAUUCUACGACGGGUUCUACUUCUGCUUCAUUACUAUGACUACAAUUGGCUUUGGCGAUCUUGUGCCAAACAAGCCAAAGUACAUGCUGCUAUGUACGCUGUACAUCCUGAUCGGCCUCGCGCUGACGUCAACGAUCAUCGAGCUGGUGCGUCGUCAGUACGCGCGCUCGUGGCAGCAGCUGCGGGCGCUGUCCGGCCCGCUGGCGGACACGCUGCGGCGGCUCGGCGACGCGGGCCGCGGCGUCGACGUGUCGGCGCUGCAGAAAGUGCUGACGGUGGUUACAAUGCCCCGUUUCAACGGCAAAGACGGGCUGUCGGACAAGCGGCAGUUGGAGUGGGAAGCAGCGGUGGAGGCCGUCAUCAGGGACAUAACGGCGCCCAUGACCAAUCAGAAGAAGCCGCCGAUAGUGCAGAUCGUUAUUUAUGAGUCCUCUGUUUAGUUGAUUUUUUUUCAUUAGAAAUUACGUAUUGGAAUAUUAAAAUCGGGUCAAAAACUCUAGUCGUAUUUGACGUGGGCUAUUUCAACACACUGACAUUGACACUUGACUUUUUUAUUAUAAAUGGGCAUACUCUUCAUCAUCAUCACAGACUAGCCAAAGGCAAAGACGUGGCCUACGAUGGAGUACGUGAGCUCGCCCAGAAGAUGCCUGUUCACCCUUGAUUUGAAGGUCGCCGGGUUAUAAUUAUGAGCAUGUUACUCUUUUCCUUGUUGCACAGGCAUUGAAUGGCGAAGUGUCACUGUCGGGCGACAAUUGACAACAUUUCAUAUUUUUGAGUACUACUUUUUAUUGUUUGGUUUGAAAAAACUCAAUACUAAAAGAUACA